GUCUGCCCCACCCACCUUGCGGCCUUUUCAAUCCUAUUUAGUCUUUCCUGACGGGAGGAAGUGGGCGGGUGAGCAAGUUGAAGCAACUACUACAACAUAAAAUUUUAAAAGUUGAAUUGACACGGGAUUUUAAGAGUGCAUUUACGAUACUAAUGGCAUAUUAAAGAUUUCUGAAGCAAAGUGUAGAAAGUGACUCGGGAUUUUCUAAGUGUUUCCAAGGGUAGUGACAACAGCAAGACUACGCCGGUGUUUUUUCGUCUCCAAAUCAUCUUAUAUCGGGAUUGGUACGCCACAAAACAGAACCAUGCAGAGUAUCCCACACCACGGAGGAGCUGGUGUUCGAGUGGGACCCCGUGGUGCCCCUGGACGUGGACCCCACCAUAGAACUCCCCCAGAAGGACAUCAGGAAUUACACCUCAGACUGCACUCAGGUAACUUCACAUGCCUGGAGGUGGUGUUCACGCUGAAGAGAUGUCUCGGGUACUACGUCUUCCAUACCUACAUUCCAACCUGCCUCGUCGUUAUUAUGUCUGUAACUUCACAUGCCUGGAGGUGGUGUUCACGCUGAAGAGACGUCUCGGGUACUACGUCUUCCAUACCUACAUUCCAACCUGCCUCAUCGUUAUUAUGUCUGUGGGUACCUGCGUCACUCACUCACCUGUCUUACUCACCUGGCUUACUUAUUUGUGUCACUCACCUGGCUUGCUUACCUGUCUCACUCACCUGGCUUACUUUCCUGUCUCACUCACCUGGCUUACUUAUUUCUCUCACCUGGCUUACUUACCUGUCUCACUCACCUGGCUUACUUACCUGUCUCACUCACCUGGUUUACUUACCUGUCUCACUCACCUGGCUUACCUUUCUCACUCACCUGGCUUACUUAUUUGUCUCACUCACUUGGCUUACUUACUUGUCUCACUAGUUACCAUGUCUAAUUAAUCUUUUUUCUCACCUGUCACCCACUAAUUAAUCUUUUUUGUAACCUAUCUCACUCAGUUUACUCAUUAUCUCUUUCAUUAACCUUUUUUUCCUCAUGUGUCUCUCAUUGUUUAAAA